AUGCAGGUAUCGUUGCCAAAGGAUCCAGCCAAGCUCCCAUGUGUUGUUCUACCAACCAUCAGAACACCGCGCUUUUUUGACCGGGCUGAGCUCAUUCAGCGCAUUGAAGAGCACUUUGGUAAUAACCUCAGCGCCGGCGCUGAUGAGCGCCCUUUCCGAUCAUUGGUACGUCAUGGCCUUAGCAGUGUUGGGAAGACUACUAUUGCUCUGAAGUAUGCCGAAAACAAGCUUCAUCGAGGCGAGCUUGAUGCUCUGUUCUGGGUCUACAGUGAAAAGCUUGUUUCUCUAAAACAGAGCUUCACCAACAUCGCCUUGAGCCUGAAGCUUCCAGAAGCUCGGUCGGGAGAUCACGAGGAGAACCGCGCCGUGGUCCUCAACUGGCUUCCGGAAACCCGUACGUCAAUACUUCUGAUCGGCGUUUUGGCCGGUCGCGGUCGUGCCCUGGUCACAACUCGCAAUUUGAAAGUAGCCUUCGAGGUCGCGGAUACGGGAAUGGAAAUUGCGAACUGGGACAACGAAGAAGGAUCGAAGUUCCUUUUACACCUUUUGCAAGGAGACAGCGCGCUUGAUUUAGAGGAUUCCGAGAUCGCUUCAGCGCAUGACCUUGCUGACAAGCUCAGUGGUCAUGCUCUAGCCAUUUCCGCGCUGGCAGGAGUCAUACAUCGGCGUGCUUGGAGCAUUAAGGAAUUCAUGGAGUUCUACAAUCAACAUCGGAGUCAAGUUCCGUCUCGAACCCCGGCCAUCAAAGCACUGUGGUAUAUGUCCUUCAAGUCUCUAGAUGCUCAGAGUCAUGCAAUUCUAGCUGUCAUGUCCUUUCUAGAGCCCGACAGCAUCCCGCAAGCUCUUUUUGAGCCUGAAGAUCCGACGGCUUUGCCGGCUUCGCUGGCAUUCUGCUCAGAUGGCUUCGGCUUUUCCGAGGCAAUCGAGAAUGUUCUAAUUUCCGCGCUGAUCAAGAGGGAUGAAGCCUCGAGGACAUUCUCGCUUCAUCGGCUAGUGCAGGCGUCUUUUAAAGAUUUCCUCGGCCCAGACGGAAGACAACAAGCUUUCAACAAUGCCACAAUUCCUCUUUUCCAAGCCUUUCCCCGACGCGACUCCAAGAUUCUCCAACUUUAUCUGUUAUGGGAUCGUUGUGCCGUGUAUCUUCAGCACGUCAUGAGCCUCAAGGACUGCUUUUUACAAGAGAAAGAGUCGAAGCCCAAGUUCACGGUCUUGCAGGCUUACUGUGAGCUCAGCAACUCAUGCCAGCGGUACUUACUAGAACUGAGCUCGUAUGAGAAGCUUGAAUCUCUUGUUGAUGCCAACACCAUUGCCCUGAACACACUGCCAGAGGAACAACAGACCAUCGGCCUACAGGGUUCUUUGACCUCGCACAAGGGUCAGCUGCUUGUGCGCAUCGGGAAAGCCAAAGAGGGGGUUGUAUUGCUCAAGAAAUCGUACGACAUUCGCGGGCGGGCCAUCCCGUUCAACCACGGUGAAUCGACCUGGGCCGCUUGCAAUGCCGCCACGGGCAUCGCGACGCUCAAUCAGUUCGAGGAAGCCAUUGAAUGGUAUGAGCGGUGUUCGGCCCAUUUCACAACAUGGUCAGAACAGCAGAGUGAACGAAAGGGGGAGGGAUCCGCCGACAUCAAGACCAAUCUAGCGCACUGCCUGGUAUGGUUUGGCCAGCCUGAGCGAGCGAGGGAACUUCUGGCCGAGGCGCUGGCGGAAUGCAAUAGGUCUGAGCCAUUCAAUUGGGCCAUGGCAGCCUGCACUCACUUCGCACCCGGCACCGUCGACCGCGUCGAGCACAAGGACGAGCCGACCGAGGCUCAUUUCAUGGAAGCCCCGAAUUUGCGGGCGAACGGUGAUCAGUUGCGGAGCUCUCCAUUCAACGGGGCAUGCAUGUACCGACUUGGCUGCAUCGCUCUUGAUCGUGGUCAACUGGAAGCCGCUAUAAAACACCUGCGGGACGCCCUGGCAGUCACGGAGAAGCGUAAGCACAACAUGGUGGCCGAGCAUAUGCGGUGCCUUUUCAAGCUCUCGGAGGCGUUAGAACAAGAGCCUCAACAUGUUGAGGAAGCCUCUCGCCUCCGAGACGAGGCAGAGAGGCUUCUGCGGCAGCGUGCUCCCAACGCUGGGGAUCCGGGAAAGGAGAGCACAUACGACAACUUGAUUGCUAUCGAUUGGCGUUAA